UGAUAGGAGAGCAGGCAAUGACAACAAGAUUAUCAUGAAAACCGCUCAGGGUGGUGGAGGAAAACCACGAGACCCUAGUAUGGCCGUCGCUGGUCUAGCAAAUGACAGCGGGUUGUCAAACGCAAAGCAAGGACAAAACCAGGAUGCCGUUGGAAUAGUCGCCUCGACCUCGACGUCUUCUGGUCGUGGCAAAAUUUAUACCGGUCGUGAGGAUGACGAUGACGCUUCAUCAUCAUCACUUGCUCGACGUGAAGCACGUGCACGGCAAGAUCAAGUUGGAUUGGCUGCAGGCGCCGAUGACGAUGUCCAGGGCCACGAUUCUCCACGACAUCGGAGAGAGAAAGACAAACUCGAAAGCAUAGAUUUGACAAUGCAUGCUGUAAGAGACGGCGUCACGUUCGAGAAGCAGAAGGUGAAGGCCGUUAAAGGAAGAUUUGACGCCAUAACAAGUGAUGACGAGAAUGAUGAUGAAAUAACAGUAAAGAAUGCGGUACCGGUUACAGCGGGGGUUGUCGUUGGCGCUCAGGUCUCACAGCCAAGUGAAGACGCUAGUCCGAAGGAGAAGCAAAGUGGUG